CCGCGGCAUGUACAUCAGGGAGGAACGUCCUCGUGGAGCUGGCACCAGGUUGAUAGCAUUAGUACCGAGAGUAUAUAAGCGUUGGUUAUAAAUUAUUAUACUCUUGUCAGUACUUGUAGACUCUACGUGCAGCUGCGGAGGACGUGAACGACAAACAUCGCCACUCAGUGUGUUGUGGUAUCGCUGUUCAAGCCUCAGUCUCAGCCUGGCCAGGGUUCGGAACUUCCAUCGACUAGCGACAUCAAAGACAUCACAACAGUGUUCGUGUCUUAUUCUCGGUUCACUAUGGCUGACGUCAACCCCGUGCAGGACAGCGAUUUCGACAAGCUGUUCGAGUUGGAAGCCAACAAGGAGGCAGCGGACGGCUGGUCUCACCAUGCCAGCGGCGAUGGCUUCGAGACGUGGGUGCGCAGGAGAGACGACGACAGAAUGAACAUGGUUAAGAUGUACUACCACAUAAAAGGUGUGACAAGAGACCAGUUAUGUGACGUGAUGUUCGAUCCAGCUCUACGUUUGCGUUUCGAUGGCGCAUUCAAGGAAUAUCGCUUCGUCAAGGAAUUCCCGGACCACAAGAUAUUGUACAUGCGCUGUCCCAUGAAUGCUCCGUUCGUGUCGGAUCGGGAUUUCGUCGUCACUCACACGCGCCGCCGAACUGCCACGGAGGUCGCCGUGAUCAAUAGGCAUAUCGAGACAGAUCUAGUACCACUGGUGUCCGGCCUUGUGAGAGGUGAUACCCUGUGUGCAAGCUUCAUUGUCCGCGACGCAGAAGGCGAUGAAAGUGCAGCUACCAUGUGCCAAAUUAUUCAAGUAGACUACAAGAUUAGCAUGCCGGCAAGUGUCAUCAACUCUAAAAUCGCCUCCAAUCCCCCUAAAUUCGUCAAAUGUAUUCAAGAUUUCAUAACAAAUGUUUACAAAGCAGAACUGACAGCCGAUAAUUCCUGAGUGACCAAUGAACCAGCUGUUUGUGUUCUCAUGGUGACCGACUGUAGACUAGUGCAGUGACCAUGGUGAUCGUGACUGAUCUGGUAGACUCUAUAGCGUCUUUUGUUCUCUUCUGCAGUCAUGGAGAGAAUUUUUCUCUUAUCCCACUGUUUAAUUUAACUUUUAAAGAUAACCGCUUCUUCCCUGUCCGGGAAUUCGCCUCCCGUGUACAUGUUCUGUACCACCAUUUGCUGCUGCUAUGUCAUUUCAUUCUAGCAUUGUAUUCAUUUAUUCUACCUUUCUAGUAACCACCAAUUCAGUGAGUUUUAACCCUUUCAGCACCACUAAG